UGAGACCCGAAACAAAAAAGGGACGAUAACCGAUGUGCAAAAACGUCUCAAAUUUUUUUUCACCAAUAUUUUGCUUGAAAUCGAGUACCUUCAUUUAAAACAAUGGCAGAAAGAAAAUCUGUCAAUAAAUAUUAUCCACCAGACUGGGAUCCUUCUAAAGGUUCAGUAAAUAAGCAUUUUGGUCAACAUCCACUACGAGACAGGGCUAAAAAACUUGGUCAAGGAAUCCUUGUUAUCAGAUUUGAGUUGCCAUAUAAUAUUUGGUGUGGUGGUUGUAAUAGCCCUGUUGGUAUGGGUGUUAGGUACAAUGCAGAAAAGUCAAAAGUUGGAAAUUACUACACGACCCCCAUCUACAAGUUCAGGAUGAAAUGUCAUCUGUGUGACAACUACUUUGAAAUACAGACAGAUCCUAAGAACCAUGACUAUGUGAUCUUAUGUGGUGCCAGAAGGAAGGAACAAAGAUGGGACCCAAAAGAUAAUGAACAGAUUGUUCCAGAAGAUAAAGCAACACAGAAGAAACUAGCUACAGAUUCUAUGUACAAACUUGAACAUGGUUCAGAUGAUAAACAAAGAGGAAAAUCUGUUAUUAAAACAAUAGGACAAAUAGCUGAUGAACGAAACCAGUAUAAAGAUGACUAUAUAAUUAACAAAAUAGCUAGAGAAAAAUUUAGGAAUGAGAAGAAAGCAAUUAAAGUAACAGAAGAGGUAGAUAAGGAAUUAUUAUUAAAAUCAUCCCUUGAUAUCUCACUGGUGAAGGAAACAGACGAGGAUAAGAAACUUGCUGGGCUACUGAGACUUAGACCUACUGAAACAUAUGAUGAAAAGCAGAUACAGAAAAGGAAAGAAAUUGAAUCAAGACCCAUUUUUGAAACAAAUAAAACAGAAGACUUGCUACAAAAAGGAAAUGAUACCAAACAGAACUUAGCCAAAUCUAUUGCAUUAAGGAAAACUAGUCCAUUUGACACAAUUAAAUCUUCAACUAAUUCAUCAAAGCAGAUAAGAAAAAUGUUAGGAGUAAGAAAGAGAUCACUGGAAAGCAAUUUAGAAGAAAAUUCUCCACAAUUUAAAAAGAUGAAAGUUGGUAUGGACAUUUCAGUUGAACAGGCAGUGGAUAAUGGAAAUUUAAUCACUGGUUUUGUAGAUGCAGGAAGAGAUAUUGUUCCUAAAGAUUAUAUAGAUCGUCCUAAUUCUGAUAAAUCAAUUUGUGAUAUAGACAAAAACAUUAUUGAAGCAGAUACUUGCAAAAGUCCUGUGAUAAAGUUACAAAGUCCAAUAACCAAAAGUAGUGCUCUUAGUUUAGUGUCAGCAUAUGCUGACACUGAAAGUGAAUCUUCAGAAGGAUAAAUUAAAUUAUUUAUUUUA